AUGUCAGAGCCACAGUCUUCGCUUUUAUUAAAAAAGCAGCUAGCUGAAUUGAACAAAAAUCCAGUGGAAGGGUUUUCUGCUGGGUUAAUAGAUGACAAUGACAUAUAUAGGUGGGAAGUCCUCAUCAUUGGUCCUCCAGACACGUUAUAUGAGGGUGGAUUUUUCAAAGCACACUUACACUUUCCUAAGGAAUAUCCUCUGAGACCUCCUCGAAUGAAAUUUGUUACCGAAAUAUGGCAUCCGAACAUUGAAAAGAACGGAGAUGUGUGCAUAUCUAUACUUCAUGAACCUGGAGAUGACAAAUGGGGUUAUGAAAAAGCAUCAGAAAGGUGGUUACCAGUUCACACAGUUGAGACCAUUCUUAUAAGUGUUAUUUCCAUGCUGGCAGAUCCAAACGACGAGAGUCCUGCUAAUGUUGACGCUGCAAAGGAAUGGAGAGAAUCAUAUUCGGAGUUUAAAAGGAAAGUAGCACAGUGUGUGAGAAAGAGCCAAGAGGAUUGUUCCUAA